AUGAGUAGUAACAAAGCCCCGGGUCCUGAUGGUAUGUCUGUUCUUUUCUUUAAACACUACUGGGAUUCUGUUGGGUCUGACUUCUGCGAAGCGGUUAUUUCUAAGAUCAUUGCCAAUCGGAUCAAACCACUUUUACCGAAGAUUAUCUGCCCCACCCAAGCUGCGUUCGUUCCUGGAAGGAAUAUUCAGGAUAAUAGCGUGAUUGCUCAGUUGAGUUGGGGCUUCCUAGAUCAUGUGCUGUCCCGUUUUAAUGUUCCCCACGAGUUUCGAAAUUGGGUCUCUCAGUGUAUUACUACUACCUCCCUCAAUAUUUGUCUUAAUGGGGGACCUGUUGGUAAGAUUUUUCCCUCCAGCGGCCUCCGGCAAGGUGACCCCUUAUCUCCCUAUCUUUUUAUCUGGGCGGCAGAAAUACUAUCUAGGAUGCUGGAAAACGCCCAAAAUUUGGGGAUCAUUAAGGGGAUCAGGCUGAGUAGGGGGGGCCCUCUUCUUUCUCAUAUUUUCUUUGCCGAUGAUCUCAUUCUAGUCGGGAAAGCUAAUACGGAGGAGGCCAAGGGUUACUGGGAUUGUCUGGAGAAAUUCUGUUCUUGGUCGGGACAAAAAGUGAAUAAAAUGAAGACCUCAAUUUUCUUUAGUAAGAAUACUCCCAAUAAUAUGAAGCAGAGGAUAAGGGAGAUGUUGGGUUUAGGAUCGCCAGAGGGUAAUGUUAAUUAUUUGGGGCUUCCUCUAUUCAGAUCAAAACAAAAGGAUGCAGAUUUUAACUUUAUUCUGGAUAACCUGACGACUAAAUUGCACGGUUGGAAAGCAAAAACUCUAUCUAAAGCGGGGCGUGCAACUCUUAUCAAGUCUGUGGGUUUAGCUCUUCCUCUGUAUGCUAUGCAAACUACCAAACUUUCUAAUAGACUUGCCAGGAAGAUUGAUGGAUUGGUGCGCGAUUUCUGGUGGGGUUCUGAGAAGGGUAACAAAGGAAUUCACCUAAAAGCCUGGGACAAAAUCUGCCUCCCCAAAUCCCUAGGGGGUUUGGGCUUCCGAAAAUCCAAAGAAAUGAACCAAGCUUUCCUCGCUAAGUGGGGGUGGAAUCUUCUGACAGGGAACCAGUCUUUAUGCUGCCGUAUCCUUGAGGCCAAAUACCUUAAAGGAAAGUCCUUUCUAGAUUGUGUUCCGAAAGCCUCGGACUCGUGGUUUUGGAAGAAUGUAACUAAAUCAAGAGACGUCAUUCGUAAAGGGGCUUGUAAGCGAGUGGCCGAUGGCCAGGAUACCAACAUUUGGUUGGACCCUUGGAUUGCGCAUCAAAAGGGCUUCACUCCCCAUUCUAGUGGGCGGGUAGUGAGUAGGGAGACCAAGGUAGCCGAUCUCUUGUUACAGAAUGGUGGAUGGAAUAUCCAAAAGCUCCAUAGUUUGUUUAAUCAAGAAACAAUCUCUGCUAUCCUGACUGAGGGUGUUCCCGCUGGUCGAGGCAAGGAUAGCUGGCUCUGGACCUUGGAAAGUAAUGGUCGGUUCUCCUGCAAAUCAGCGUACUUGGCCCAGACUGUGGAUAGUUCGAGCCCUAGAGAGGUUGCUCCCUCUAUGUGGAACAAGCUUUGGAAUAGUAAAAUUCCAGAGAGACUCAAGGUCCUUUGGUGGUGUAUUCUGUCCAAGGCUCUCCCAGUUCGAUCGGUGUUAGGUAGAAGGUUUCCUAUUGAGGAUGAGAGUUGCCCCCUAUGCGGAACAGAAAGUGAAACUAUGGAGCAUUUAUUUCUCUCUUGUAAUGUUGCCUUUCACCUAUGGCGGUCUUCUCCUUGGGUUAUCUUCCCUAUCUGUGAUGCUGGUAUAAGAAUGUGGGAUUGGGUUAAGUUCUUAUGGGAUCUCAAAAACAAAGGAAUUAAUGAGCAGGAGACCUUUUUAUAUGCUUCGCUCAUCAUUGACACAAUCUGGCGGACCCGGAAUGAAAAGGUACAUAAUAAUAGUCCGGUGGAUAUCUUUAAAUGUAUAGACUCUGUUCGUUUUUCUUUUGCAGAUCAUCAUGCUUACUUGCUCCCUUGUCCAACCCGCUGCCUGACGGAAUCUUGGAGUCCAUCCACAGGAUUGGUUGAAGCUCAACUGCGACGUUAG